ACGGCCGCCAACCGUUGGAGGGCGACUGCAACAUGAUCGCUCUACAUCCAUCAAGGGCGGAGAAGAAGUUUCAGAAUUAGGGGUGAGGGCUGGCCUUUUUUGUUCCGCUGAAGAAUCCUGCUCGAACGGUGAGCAGGAGUAGAUCAGACUAGCAGGAACAAUACGACCAUUCCAGCCCUGCUGAUUUAUAUCGACGCCAAAUACAGAAGAGAGGAGAGCAGCUUCUACCCAUCUCUCUGACAACUGCACCUGGAUCCCUACACAGCUACAGUCGUUCACCGUGCGGGUCUGGGGGUUCCAGUAGGGGCAGGGGGCGGGGGUACAGCGAGUACGGGAGGCUGUUGGGAGAGGAGAGGGGGCUGGAAGUCUGAAACGCUUCCAGCCUGCGGGGCCGGCGCUGUGGCCACAGAACCCUGGUCUAGCUAGUAACGGCACGGCCAAGUGGAUGGGAUGGAGCCGGGACCGUCAGGCGCUGUCCCCGGGGGGCCGUUCCCCCCCCCCCUGCAGCAGGUGUUCCAGGCACCCCGGCGUCCGGGCAUGGGUACUGUGGGCAAGCCCAUCAAGCUGCUGGCCAACUACUUUGAGGUGGAGAUCCCCAAGAUGGACGUCUUCCACUAUGAGGUCGACAUCAAGCCUGACAAGUGUCCUCGCAGAGUCAACAGGGAGGUGGUGGAGUAUAUGGUGCAGCACUUUAAGCCUCAGCUGUUUGGAGACAGGAAGCCUGUGUACGAUGGGAAGAAGAACAUCUACACAGUGCUAGCUCUCCCUAUCGGCAGUGAGAAGGUGGACUUUGAGGUGACCAUCCCAGGUGAGGGGAAGGACCGCAUCUUCAAGGUGUCUAUCCGCUGGCUGGCCAAGGUGUCAUGGCGUCUGCUACAGGAGACGCUGGUCAGUGGACGACUCCCGGUGCCUCUGGACUCAGUCCAGGCCCUGGACGUGGCCAUGCGACACCUAGCCUCUAUGAGGUACACUCCGGUGGGGCGCUCCUUCUUCUCCCCCCCUGAGGGGUACUACCACCCCCUGGGCGGGGGCAGGGAGGUCUGGUUUGGCUUCCACCAGUCUGUACGGCCGGCCAUGUGGAAGAUGAUGCUCAACAUCGAUGUGUCGGCCACAGCCUUCUACAAGGCCCAGCCCGUGAUUGAGUUCAUGUGUGAGGUUCUGGACAUCCGUAACAUCGACGAACAGCCCAAAACCCUGACCGACUCCCAGAGGGUUCGCUUCACCAAGGAGAUCAAAGGUGGGCCACUGAACAGUGAUCGGUGGGCGUUGCCAGGCCUGAAGGUGGAGGUGACCCACUGCGGUCAGAUGAAGAGGAAGUACCGUGUGUGCAACGUUACUCGGCGCCCGGCCAGCCACCAGACGUUCCCCUUGCAGCUUGAGAGUGGCCAGACUGUAGAAUGUACGGUAGCCCAGUACUUCAAACAGAAGUACAACCUGCAGCUGAAAUACCCCCACCUGCCCUGCCUGCAGGUGGGCCAGGAGCAGAAGCACACCUACCUGCCCCUGGAGGUGUGUAACAUAGUAGCAGGGCAGCGGUGCAUCAAGAAGCUGACAGAUAAUCAGACCUCCACCAUGAUCAAAGCCACAGCUCGCUCUGCCCCCGACAGACAAGAGGAGAUCAGCCGGCUGAUGAAGAACGCCAACUUCAACCUGGACCCCUACAUCCAGGAGUUUGGAAUCAAGGUGAAGGAUGACAUGGCGGAGGUGACCGGCCGGGUGCUUCCUGCUCCGAUCCUGCAGUACGGAGGCCGGAACCGCGCCAUAGCCACUCCCAACCAGGGUGUGUGGGACAUGAGGGGGAAGCAGUUCUACAAUGGCAUCGAAAUCAAAGUGUGGGCCAUCGCCUGCUUCGCCCCCCAGAAGCAGUGCAGGGAGGAGGUCCUCAAGAACUUCACCGACCAGCUGCGUAAGAUCUCCAAGGAUGCUGGGAUGCCCAUCCAGGGCCAGCCCUGCUUCUGUAAGUACGCCCAGGGGGCCGACAGCGUGGAGCCCAUGUUCAGACACCUGAAGAACACCUACUCUGGCCUGCAGCUCAUCAUCGUCAUCCUGCCUGGAAAGACCCCCGUCUACGCGGAGGUUAAGCGUGUGGGAGACACUCUCCUGGGCAUGGCCACCCAGUGCGUCCAGGUGAAGAACGUGGUGAAGACCUCCCCCCAGACCCUCUCCAACCUCUGCCUGAAGAUCAACGUCAAGCUGGGGGGCAUCAACAACAUCCUGGUGCCUCACCAACGAUCUGCAGUGUUCCAGCAGCCUGUCAUCUUCCUGGGGGCCGACGUCACCCACCCUCCUGCUGGCGACGGGAAGAAGCCCUCCAUCACUGCUGUGGUAGGCAGUAUGGAUGCCCACCCCAGCCGGUACUGUGCCACGGUUCGGGUCCAGAGGCCCAGGCAGGAGAUCAUCGAGGACCUCUCCUACAUGGUGAGAGAGCUGCUGAUCCAGUUCUACAAGUCGACCCGCUUCAAACCCACCAGGAUCAUCUUCUACAGGGACGGAGUUCCGGAGGGCCAACUACCCCAGAUCCUCCACUAUGAGCUGCUGGCUAUUCGCGAUGCCUGCAUCAAGCUGGAGAAGGACUACCAGCCCGGCAUCACCUACAUCGUGGUGCAGAAGAGACACCACACCAGGCUGUUCUGUGCCGACAAGUCUGAGAGAAUUGGGAAGAGUGGAAACAUCCCAGCAGGGACCACAGUGGACACCAGCAUCACACACCCCUUCGAGUUUGACUUCUACCUGUGCAGCCACGCAGGCAUACAGGGCACCAGUCGCCCCUCUCACUACUACGUCCUUUGGGACGACAAUCGCUUCACUGCUGACGAGCUGCAGAUCCUCACCUACCAGCUGUGCCACACCUACGUGCGCUGCACGCGCUCAGUCUCCAUCCCCGCGCCAGCCUACUAUGCCCGCCUAGUGGCCUUCCGCGCCCGCUACCACUUGGUAGACAAGGAGCACGACAGCGGGGAGGGCAGCCAUGUUUCUGGACAGAGCAACGGCCGGGACCCCCAGGCUCUGGCCAAGGCCGUGCAGAUUCACCACGACACUCUGAGGACCAUGUACUUCGCCUGAGCAGCCCUCCUCCUCACACACACACACACACACACCUCCUGUCUCCAUCUCUCUCUUUUUCAUACACACACCCCUCCUUCUCAUAUACCACCUACUCUCACACACACACACACACACACACACAAACGCUUCUUCCUCACACCCUACAUACACACACAACACCACCUCCUCCCUUUAUACACACAAACACCUUCUCCUCACACUCCACCUCAUCCAUGUUCUCACACACACACCACACCACCUCCUCCCUUGACUCUCAAAGACACACUUACACAAUCUAACACGCACCCCUCUCAACCCCUGGCCCCACCACAGAUAUCUUCUUUCCAGUUGUGACCCAGAUCCCUCCCAGGCUCCCAGGUCUGUGGUGCCCCAGCCACUCCCCUGGCUCCUGGCCUCCAUGAUACCUGUCAUCACCGGCAUUCGGUUUUUACUUCACAAGGACUAAGGCUCUGUUUUUGUUGUACUUUUUAAAAAGUAGGUGUUAUAAUUAUUGUAGUGUAUGCUACCUUUUACACUCCUAUGUAUGCAAUACGGAGCGGAGAAAAACAGGCGCAAAAAAAAAGAUAGAUAUUGGGGGAAAAACGAUUUUGACUGCCACCACAUCGCUGCCUCUAUACCCAUCCGAGUGACAGAUGCCAGUGUUCCAGAGCCGUGAGUGUGGCCCCCUGGGGAGACCAGUGGAAACACACACAUACUUUUAACUUUGUGUCAUGAACGGCAUUCUUAUGUUGUUACUUUCUUAUUUUCUUUCUUCAAAUGAAGUUAUUUUUGUAAAUGGCCUUGAAAAGAAGGUGUGUGGUACAUUAGCACUUAGCGUUAGCAUGUAGACGCCACAGGGCCUUCACCUGCCAGUAGUUCCUGAGGAAGGCUAGCUUUCUGGGCUCUGUCAGCAUAGGUGUAGUGUGUCUUAGACACAGGAACAAGUCCUGCUGCACUGUUUGUGCAGGUUGGGGAGUCCCUUAGAGAAUUAGCCUGUAGGCUACCAUAGAAACCGAUAGAGGGACCAUUGCAUAGCGUCUAUCAGUUAUAGCCAUGCACCUAAACCAGCGUUUUAACCAGACAAAUCUGAUGCCAACCAGUAGGAACGGGGCACUUAAAAAAGCUGUUUGUUUCUGAAUUUGUUUCUCUCAAGGAAAUUAUGAGGCACUUUUAAACUACCUAGUUUGUGUUACUUCACAAUAAGGAGAUCCUCUCUCUCUCUCUCUCACACACACACACACACACACACUGCUAACUCUGAGCUUAGUGAGCCAGGAGAAGAGAAAGCAGUCCAAGGUCAGCUCUUGAUUGUAGGAGUCAGACAGGUGCAGCCUCAGCGCCCUACAACACUACACAUUCAGCGCCCUACAACACUACACAUUCAGCGCCCUACAACACUACACAUUCAGCGACCUACAACACUACACAUUCAGCGCCCUACAACACUACACAUUCAGCGCCCUACAACACUACACAUUCAGCGCCCUACAACACUACACAUUCAGCGCCCUACAACACUACACAUUCAGCGCCCUACAACACUACACAUUCAGCGCCCUACAACACUACACAUUCAGCGCCCUACAACACUACACAUUCAGCGCCCUACAACACUACACAUUCCCUCACCGUGAGAGGAGAUGACGCACACACACGCCUACACACACAUAUUGCCUCAGCCCAGUUUGUACAAAGCUCUUUCUCCUACUGUGUACACAUGCAUAAGUCUGUACACUACAAUGCUCAGAUGACAGCGCCAACACAAGCACACCCCUGUGCCCCCCCAUGCAGGCUGAGCACUUGCCCCCCACCCCAUAUAGCACCUCCACCUCCAUGCCUCACCCUCUGCCCCGCCCCCAGGGCUGUGGUGCUCGCUCCCUAUUGGUGCGCUGUGUGCAUGGGCAACACAGAUUGGGGCGUAUCCCACAGGUCUCCGGGGUUCUCACUUCAUAUUUCCUGCCUUCACUUUUGGUCACUUUUCUGGCUUUAUGAAAUGCAUGUAACUAUUUUAAAAUGACUGGAUAUUCUGAGCAGCCUUAUUUCAGUUCCCUAGAGAUAGGAGCCCCUUCGCUCUUCUGCCUGUCAGUCAUGCCUCGAUUGUGUAACGGUUCAAGACCAUUUUUGUUUAGUUUCUGUAUUAUUGUGUGUAGUGUCAGUGUUUCCUGAAGAGGGCGCUGAGGAGACAUCUAAUCGCCCUCUUGCCUCAAGCCCUGAAGGGCAGAGCUCACUGAGGUUUGUAGAGCCCCUUUAAGUUGAGUGGCCGGUUAUAGAGAUUUGAUGAAAUGCAUAUUUUGAAUUUUGAAUCAUGUUUAAGAACUUGGUAAUCAAAAUGCCUUUGUAUACCCGGUUUUACUGAUACUCAUAUUUAAGGUGAUUUGUAUAUAACCUGUCAUGUAACCUAUCUUGGCUCACUAGUAGCAGGGCCGCAUCUGAACUCCCUAAGUCUGUGUUAAAGGUUUAAAAGGUUCAAGCUCUGCUUCAGAUGCAGUUCUUUACUGAAACCACAAGCACCUUGUGAGGGGGAAGGAGAUGGAGUCACCAUCAUGGAGCAUAGCGUGGACAGGAGUCCACCCCACCCAGCCUCACUGACUAAGCAAUAUGAAACCACUGACCACAACAACAGUCCAUGUUAUAGCACUUCCCAAUAGGUAACAUGAAAGAAAAUUUAAGCAACCCGUUUUGUGUAUGUAAUAGUAUGAGCACUCUGUUGGGGAGGGUUAUUUUUUAAAGAAAAUAAAUUUGUUUUUUAUCAA